GGGCGAGUACUGCGUUUCACGUGAAGUAGGCCGGCGGAGCCAGUGCGGUGGCGGCGGUGCUAGAGGUGACCAGCAGAGGCUGACGAAACAGGCCGUGUGGUAAAGCCGACGCCCAUCUCACAUCCCGAGCCCGCCCAGGUUUGGUGGGAGCACUUCUGGCGCCGUGCUACAGCGAUUAGCCGAGGAUGACCGGACCGGCAGUGACGUCACAGCAACUACGUCGCUGGCCGACUACUUGCGCCUGCACCGCGGCCUGUCCGGCACCAAGAUCAUGUGUCGGGAGGGCAUGUGCGGGGCGUGCGUCGUCAACGUGACGUCACAGAACCCGGCCACGGGUCAGAUGGAGAGUCGUGCCGUCAACUCGUGCAUGGCGCCGGUCAGGGCCUGUCAGGACUGGCAGGUGGAGACGGUGGAGGGCGUCGGGAACAGGAGGGACGGCUACCACCCGGUGCAGGCGCGCCUGGCGCACAUGAACGGCACCCAGUGCGGCUACUGCAGCCCCGGCAUGGUCAUGUCCAUGUACAGCCUGCUGAAGUCGGGGGAGGAAGUGACGCCGGAGCGAGUGGAGCAAACUAUGGACGGCAACAUCUGCCGCUGUACCGGCUACCGGCCCAUCCUGGACGCAUUCAAGACCUUUGCAGCCGACACGGACGAGAAGACCAGACAACUGGUCAGAGACAUCGAGGAGACAGCCGGCUGCCGUGGCGGCUCUGGGGGCGCGUGUCGACCGUCGGCGGCCUGCGCCGGCUGUCCGCGGGCGGCGGUGGCUCUAACGGCGGCCGAGGACGACUGGCGACUGCCGGAGAGCCUGCCCCAGGCGCUGCGGGACGCUGCCGCGCUGUCGGCCGGCGGCAGGCGGGUCCGACUUCGUGGCCGGCAACACCUCCGUUGGUGUUCUGGACAAAUAUGACCUGCCAUCUGACGGGUACAUAUCUCUGCUGAAAAUACCGGAUCUGCGUGUUAUUGAGCGCCCGACCGGCAGCGAAAACUUCAGCGAUCGGCACGGCACACCGGGCUCGGUCUUCG